AUGGACUCCAUGAGGUCAUUGAACACAUCGCUACCUAGCUCGACUCCUCGCACUCAACCUCCUGAACAACUUUUGCAAUCGUUCAAAGCGGCCGCGCUAUCUGUUACCAACCUUUAUAAAAAUGCAGUCUACGAGCAAUCACAGGCGAAGCAAGCUGGCUACCAGGAAGCAAUUGAAGACCUACUGCAGUUUCUAGACAAGGAAGGCCUUGGCCUUGCUGGGGGAGAAGGUUCAAAAAUCCGACAAUGGGCGGCUGAAAGGAGUGAUGGAACCGGGACUCCGAGCGACGAUGACGAGCCUGAGAAGCAACCUCGAAGCACUAGUCCCGUUGCUACACGCAAGGAACAAACCAAGCCAGAAGCCGCCCGACAGCCAGUCAAGUCGACCUCGACUGACGACUCCGUUGCUACACAGCAACAGCCCCCACUUAACAACUCUCACGUCGCCGAGGCAAACACACUUGAUAGACCGGCAGUCUUUACUUUCUCCGCCGGGCCUACAUACCCUCCAUGCCAAGAACCUGAUGUAGAUAUGCAAUCCUCCGACAGCUCGACAGCCUCAUCUCAAGAUAGUUCACCUGUGAGUGUAUCUGUUCUUCCUCGGACCUCUCGACAACAAGCCCGACACAACAACUUCUCACGGACGAACCCUCGAGCAUCCACACGGGAACCUUCCGUCGGUGCGGGCUCAAAACGAAAGUUUGCAGUUCCCGAUUUUUUCGACAUAUCGGGGCUAGGGAAUAGGGAUAUAUUUGGGGGCGGCAAACGCGGCCGCUUCACCUAG